AUGAUCAUCACAAUAGCAUUAAAUGUUGACUUCUCUGAGCCGUCGCAGAUAUUGUUAGCCAAUGAACAGUUAUAUAACAGUGCCUUAUCGCAAUAUGAGAGUCGCUUAAACCAAUUGAACGACACUUCCCUGUCAUCACUGCAGACAUCAUUGUCGACACCGUUGUCUUCAUCGUCGUCUUCUUCAAAGAUUUUACCAACAGAUUUGUCUUCAACUACAACAACAACAGCAAAAACUACAACAACGACAGCGAGUAAACUAUCGAAACUAUCGCCAAAGGGUAUGGAAAGCCUUAUCCGUGUCGUCACACCAAAGACUAAUCGCAUUGAAAUCGGAGAUAUGACAUUAAUAUCGAUGAGCAGCGAAAACGACAACUAUUCGUCAUCUUCUGGCGAGAUAUCAAUCGAUAAGAAGCUCAUCAAAGAAAUAGAGUCAAAGAAACGGAUGGAAGAAGAGACGAGAAGAUGUAGCUCUUCUGUUGACAUCAAACCAGUGCUACCAAAGCCACCGCCUCUCAUAUCGCAGCGUCAUUCAGGCCCUACGGUUGUCCCCAAUAAGGAACAGAUCUCAACAAUGUAUGGCUCAUUGUCUAAGAGCAGCACUGAUAUAAAGACUGGUGUCUAUGGACAACAGCAUCAGCCAUAUGGCGAACAUAGCAUUCAGAGCUCACCUAUGCCUCCGACCCAUAGACUAUCGCUGACUACCGUAUCGCUGUAUAAUAUGCCAUACAUUAGUGCCACUAAUUACGAGCCAAAAGCUAAUAGUGGCGCACCUGUGCAUCAACUGGCAACAACUGGUACGCGCAACGACACGUGGCACGCGCCCACUCAUCCCAGUACUGGCACUACACUAAGGCCAACAUGUAGUGGCAACUGCUGUCUCAAUGUAUUGCCACUUAAUAACAGUUGGCUUCACGCAAAUGGAACCACCGAUAGCAGGCCCUGUGCUGUAAAUACAGAGAUGAAUGUAUACACAUUUAACAGACGGUUUGGCACUCCGUCACCAUCAGUAGUCAUACCUCCAUCGAGUAUCAGUCCAUCGCAUUUGAAAAAUCUGCCGAACAUUUUGAACGCCCGACAGCUUAUGGAUCAUCAAUCUCUGAGCGACCAAAUGCGUGAUUAUCAGAGUUACCAUCGAUUGGUACCGAAACGAAAAAUGUCCGACUAUUCAAUCGAUGCCAUUCUUGAUCUCAAACGAGAUAACAGUGAAAACAAUUUCAAUAGUCACGAGUUUAGUCAUUACAACAGAUAUAACAAUCAGUCAAAGCGUUUGAACGACGAACCGAUGAAUUUGUCGAAGAAGUGCUUCUUCAACAGCGACGGCGGCAACAGUAGCGGUAGUGUCUCUUCGCCGCCGCUUUCAAUCUAUUCGGCACUUAGUUCGCCGGUUGGCUCUCCGUUGAGCUCAGGUAUGGAAUCGCCGCCAUACAAGUCAUUGAAGUCGGCGACCAACACAAUGAUGUCAAUGCCGUUAAUGAUUAAGACCAAUGGACACCAUCACAAUCCGCGGGUUUACCGUAAUCUGACAAAUGACCGCAUAUUUGAAUGCAAACAAUGCGGUAAAGUAUUCAAACGGUCGUCCACACUGUCGACACACUUAUUGAUUCACUCGGACACCCGACCCUAUCCAUGUAUAUAUUGUGGCAAACGAUUUCACCAGAAGUCGGAUAUGAAGAAACACACGUACAUACAUACCGGCGAAAAGCCACACAAAUGCGUGGUCUGUGGCAAAGCGUUUAGUCAGUCAUCCAAUUUGAUAACCCAUUCCCGCAAACACACCGGUUAUAAGCCGUUCUCAUGCGAGCUCUGUCCCCGAGCUUUCCAGAGGAAAGUUGAUCUCAGGCGACACCGCGACACUCAGCACCUGAACCAUAAUGGCAACACUCAAACCAAUAAUACCAAUAAAAACAUCGCAACAAAUGAUCUCAAAAUGCGAAAUCAUUUUGUCUUUAAAUAA